UCAAUUAGCUCUGUUUAUUGGAAGCACACAAUCUCAGCUGUCAGGUCAUGGCAGAUUCUUGCCCAGACACCGUUGAUGGUGAGAUUAUAGGCCUUUCUGAGGGGCAGCAGUUAAAUACAUCCAAAAAUGAGGACUUUGACCCUGGUAGACCACAAGAUAAGAAAAUCAGCCAAAAAGAGGGUGUUACCACCCUUGAGCAAUCCUCUGGGAGUAUGAAAGAUGACCUCACACCAUGCAAAGGUCCCCCUACAACCACAACUUCUCCUGAAAAUGAUGCUAAUGCGGCUCAAUCGACCUCUGUGACCAGUAAAAACCAAGACAAAACCGAUGAAUCCGAGCUCAUCAAUAGCCAAUCCUGCACGCCCAGCCAGUCAGAGGUAACGCCCACUUUCUCAGUGGCAAGCCUGGAGUUCUCCGAGGAGACUAAUGGGAUUCCUCCUGAUGGACCUUUGAUUUCACCCAAAUCUGCUCAGGAUGGAAACCAAGUCCCCUCUCAGGGGAACGAAGGGGUCGGUGCGGGGCCUGCUAGGGCAUCAGAGCCUGGGAUGCCAGCAUAUUAUUUUGUCAAGUGGAUUACCUGGAAAGAGAAGAAGACGGCCAUCAUCACGCAGAGCGAGAACGGACCCUGCCCCCUGAUUGCCAUCAUGAACAUCCUGUUGUUGCGAUGGAAGGUGAAGUUCCCGGCUCAGACGGAAGUGGUCACCACAGAAGAGCUGAUGGCUCACCUUGGUGAAUGUGUGCUGUCCAUCAAACCGCGAGAGAAAGCGGAGGGCAUGGAGCUCAAUUUCCAGCAGAACAUGAGCGACGCGAUGGCUGUGCUGCCAAAGUUGUCCACAGGCCUCGACGUUAACGUGCGUUUUACAGGUGUGUCUGACUUUGAGUACACACCUGAGUGCAUCGUCUUUGAUCUGCUUGACAUUCCGCUCUACCACGGCUGGCUUGUCGACCCGCAGAGUCCUGAGGUGGUGUCUGCAGUUGGAAAACUCAGCUACAACCAACUGGUGGAGAAGAUCAUAGACUUCAAGCACUCGACAGAUAGCAGUCAAGUCAGUGAAGGUUUGAUAGCAGAGCAGUUUUUGGAGUCCACAGCAACCCAGCUGUCGUAUCACGGCCUGUGUGAGCUCAACACCACUGCCAAGGAGGGCGAGCUGUCUGUGUUUUUCAGGAACAACCACUUCAGCACUAUGAUAAAACACAAGGGUCACCUUUACCUGCUGGUCACAGAUCAGGGUUUCCUGCAGGAGGAGAGCGUGGUGUGGGAGAGUCUCCAUAAUGUGGAGGGGGAUGGGAAUUUCUGUGACUCAGACUUCAGAUUGUGUCACCCAUCCCAGAAGCCCACAGCAGCCAGCCAGCCCUCCGUGCAACAGCAGCAAAUGCAGAUCGACCAGGUGGACUAUCUGGUGGCGAUGUCCCUGCAGCAGGAGCAGGGUGAAGCUCCGGGACCCUUGAGUGAUCUUGAGCUGGCCAGACAACUGCAGCAGGAGGAGUAUCAGCAGCCACAAACACAACAGCAGCCACCCACAGCAGGACAGAUGAGAGGUCAAGCCGCAUCGCAGCAGGGAGGACAGAGGCGCCGGGAAAAGAAGGAAGACUCCGAUUGUUGUAUUCUUUAAGUCCGAGUCCACUCACCACCAUAACCAGACUCUCUAAAGCCACUUGAGCUUCAGUUAACAUGUUCUUCUUUACCACUACUGAAACAAGGGACUUCACUCUUAUCUGACCUGUCGUCCCGACGCCAAGCCUGCCUUUACAGUACAGUUGUCCCCCUUGUUUUUGCCUUUCCUUUAUCCUCAUGGUUGGAACUGUUGCUCAUCAUUGUCUACAGGACCAAAUAAAGGUAGCAUCUGUUUCUAAGCACUAAUGAGUAUCUGUUUGAGUGCUAGUAUGGAGCUCCUAACUAUGCCCAUGAAGACUGUAUUGGUAAAUAAUCAGGUAUUGUUAUAAUAAUUUAAUAUUACGCUGAAAUGCUACUGUCUCAAGUUGAUCUGUACAUAGUUUCAUCCAAAGUGAUGUACAGUACAUUAAGUACACCGUACUCUGUGCUUUGAUUCGCUCAGCACACCGUGGAGCCCCAAGUAUUCUGUAAGCUCAGCUAAUAAAAGCCACUUCUGUGUUGACAGGAAA